GCGUGGUUACAAGUGUGAAAGUAGUUGUGUAUGUAGAUGUGAGAGUAGGUGAGGAAAUAGAUAUUGGAUAUAAAUUCAAUCUAGAUAUCGGUAAUUUAACAUCAAAUGUAAGUGCUGCAGAUAUUGUAGAAAUAUUUAAGAGAGAGGGAUUAAAAGUAUGUGUUUCUAAAA